AUUCUUAAACAUCGACACAGGGUUAGGUUGUACUGUAAAUAGGCACAAAGAAUAUUAAAGCAAUUUCAAUUACAGUAUACGACUCGAAGUUAUUUACAUGGCGCCCAACGUGAGGCAGUGAUUCACGACAUUGCGGAGAACAUGACAGAUGAAAAUCUUCCAAGACUACGCGCAACGCGUGCGGGCAACAAGGGCGUAGUUACAAAACUCAUCGCAGAAGCCGAAGGUAUUCUACACGGCCCUUAUCAACUCGAAGAAAAAACAAGGAAUAGACUGGCGCCCAUCGAAAAGGUUCUAAAGGAGAAAACGGAAUUGAUUCACGAUCUCGACGAGAAAAUUAUUGCGGUUUGCAAGGUGGAGGAAAUCGAAGGGGAAAUUUAAAACGCCGAAGAUUUAAAAAUGCGUGUUAUGGAUGCGAUCGAAACUAUUUCACUAGGAACAACGCUCACAAUUCCGCUUACUUGAAAUGCAUCAUCUAACCUCGCUCAAGGAAGCAAAACCAUUUUUAUUCCUCCUUAAUCACCUGGAUCGUAUUCAGCGAGUCCACAACAACCUCAGGGAAACUCUGGAACAGGAACAGAAAUUCCGAAAGCAGCUCGAACAAAAUUGCCAAAACUAACACUACGUAGGUUCAAAGGAGAUGUAACACAAUUUCGCCCCUUCUGGGAUACUUUCGAAAGUGCAAUUCACUCUAAUCCUGGGUUGACAAAAAUCGGCAAGUUCAGUUAUCUAGUUUCGUUAUUAGAAGGUUCUGCAUCACGUGCAAUUGAAGGUUUGCCUGUAACAGAAGAAAACUACGACUCGGCAGUGGAAAUCUUAAAGAAGAGAUUUGGAAAACCGCAACAGCUUAUUUCCGCCCACAUGGAAGGGCUUCUAAAACUUAACAUCUGUGCUGUGGAUAAGCCAAGUCAACUUCGUUUUCUGUACGACAAAAUAAGCGUUAACACCAGGGGACUUGUAGCAUUGGGAGUCAAGUCCGAGUAGUACGGUAGUUUGCUCAUUCCAAUCAUUAUGGCCAGACUUCCGGACGAAAUACGAAUACAAGUGGCAAGAAGUAAGUCUCAAGACGUUUGGGAGAUCGACUCCUUGUUCGAUCUUAUUCAAAGUGAAAUUGAUGCAAGGGAGAUGAGCGAGAAGAUUAAAGCCGCGACCGAGCAAGUUAAGCGUCCAUCGUCCUCAAAAACCCCGCUACCGACAGCUGGAACCUUUUUUGGUGCCACUUCAAACACAGAGUCGACUGUUCCAAAAUGUGUUUACUGCAUUGAAAGACAUUUCUCUUCGUCUUGCAGCAAGGUAACAGAUAUCAACGCCAGGAAAUAAGACAUUUUUAGACGCGACAAAAGAUGUUUUAUGUGUUUGAAGAAGGGACAUUUAGUUGAUCAGUGUGACAAGAGUUAUAGAAAUUGCAAGCGAAGACAUCAUCAAUCGAUCUGUCCAGCAAAAUCACCCGGUGAAUCACUGAAUUCUCAUCCUCCACCUCCCGAGGAAAAAUCGUCUCAAAGCAAACCGGAGACCCAAGUCUCAAACAACACAACAAGAGUCAAUACGACUAAUACAGAAACCCCAACAACUCAUUUAACCACUGCGACAUCGAGAAGCAAGGGGAGUGUUUUGUUGCAAACCGCUACAGCUGUAGCAACCAAUGAAAAUCAGAGCAAAUCGGCGACCGUGCAGAUUCUGUUCGACAGCGGCAGUCAAAGAUCUUACAUUACCGACAGUUUAAGAAGGAAAUUAGGUGUGAAGUCAGCGAACAUCGAAACCUUGCAUCUGAAUACGUUCGGAGAUUACACUUAUCGAAAACAAAGGUGUGAAGUCGUCACUUUGCCGAUUCGAGCCAUCGACAGCGAAUAUGUUGCAAUUACAGCGCUCAAUUUCCCGAUUAUUUGCUCACUGCUAACGGAAAGAGUGAACCUACAAGAUCAUCCGCAUUUACAAGAAUUAGAGUUGGCUGACAGUGCUGAAUUGGUUCAGAUCAUAACUGGGACUUUGUUACAGGGGAAACUAUUCGAGGAGAUUUUGAUCCUACUGCAGUUAGAAGUAAGCUGGGAUGGCUUCUCUCUGGACCCACCAACAAUUCACAAAACGAAACUAAUGUCGUUUCCAAUUUGGUCAUAUCGGGCGAGCCGCAAUUUUCAAACGGAGCAAAGGAAAACGACGAGAUGGCCCACAUGCUGAAAAGAUUCUGGGCCGUUGAAAGCCUAGGAAUUAUUGACACCUACUGCGAAAGCCAAUUAGUCAAACGAAAGGGAGAAAUCAAGUUCAAUUGUAGUCAUUAUGAAGUCGGCCUGCCUUGGAAGGGUGAGUGUUUAUCACAAUCUAACAAUUAUGGGAUGUGUGUAACGAGAUUAUGACCGUUGCAUUCGAAAUUGAAGAGUGAGCCCAAAAGUGCUGAAGGAAUACGACAAUACCAUUCAAGAGCAAAGAAAGAACGGGAUUGUCGAAAUCGUGCCGGAGACCGAAGAUCAAACGCCAGAGGAAGGCAAACUUAGCACGAGACGAAUUCACUACUCACCACAUCACGCAGUCCUGCGAAGAGAUCGCGAAACAACAAAGGUUAGAAUCAUGUACGAUGGCUCUGGGAAGAAUUGUGAGGACGAACGCUCUCUUAAUGACUGUUUGGAAGUUUCCUCACAUCUUUGAAAUGCUAACCAGGUUUCGCUGGAACUGCGUCGCUCUAACCGCGUACAUCGAGAAGGCGUUCUUCAUGGUCGGAAUCAAAUCGGAAGACCGAGACAUGCUACGCUUUCUGUGGUUCAAAGAUCCGCUUGCUGAGAAGCCAGAAACCAAUGAAUAUCGAUAUAAUCGCUUAGUUUUUGCUCUGAGGCCAUCCCCUUCUAUCCUUGGCGAAACUAUCGCACAUCCCAUCAAGUCCCUGUACGUGGACGAUCUUUCAACUGGAGAAGAGAACGACGAGAACGGCUUCGUUGUUUAUCAGAAAUCGAAGAAGGUUAUGGCUAGCGGUGGUUUCAACCUGAGAAAAUGGAACUCGAAUUCUCAAACACUGUUGAAAUCGAUUGAAACCUUCCAGAGUUCGCAAGAACAAAGGGGGUCGGUGGACCAUGCUACUGCAGAAGAUGAUGAGUCGUACGCUAAAUCGUCAAUCACCCCCAGAAAUUCUGAAACGAAGAACGACACAUUGGUUAAGGUUCUUCGAAUGAACUGGGAC